AUGUACGCUGCGAUGAGACAUCUCCUCAAUGCGGCAGAGAGCGGCAAGCGAUGCUCCUACUUAGGCAAAGCAGUGAACACAUUCGAGAGACAAUCAGACGACACAUCACCGAGUUCUCUGGUCGACGAAAGUAAAUUUGAGGUCAUCCAAUCUGUCCCAUUGUCGCAGAAAAUUUCGAGUAGUGAAGCGUGUCUUCUAGAGCAUGCGCUUAAACUAUCGAAGAAUGAGUAUGCUGUAUGGGGUGGAAUCUUACCAAUGUUAGACAAUCCUGGCGCUGUUACGUUGUUGAACUCUAACAUGGCUCACAGAUGCCUUGAAAUAGCUCCGCCGGAAGCAUUUGGGCAGUACUCUUUGCUGGGGUUUUCUGCGUCUCACCUUGGCUGGGAAAAUGGGGGAAAGGCUGCAGCCAUAGCUCGACACUAUCAAGCACUGGCUUAUUCUGGAUUACAAGGUAUUGAAGUCGUUUCAAGCGAGAACUCAGAAGUUGUCCUAGCAGCUACGACUCUUUUACUUUGGCAAGCUCCGAACAG